AUGUCUCUAUCAGAUAUUCUCCCGAAUGAUAUAACAACAAUUACUAGCCUGGGGAGCUUCAAGGCCACACCUGGCACACGAGAAAAUACUAUAUACCAAGCAUUGUGUAAUGUUCCUUGGUUGGAUGGUCUUGGCAGAGCUCAGAUCAUUGAAACUAAGAUGCUUGCUGUGGACAGGGACCUUCUUUUUCAGAUCAUGAUGGUUGAGAAUAUAAGUAAAUCUAAAGUGACUCAAAUAGAUGAUAUGAAGACUACAAUUGAUCCCAGAAAUCAGCGGGUAGAUAGACUCCAUAAUAGUAACCCCAAUGGUCCUAGCAAGAAAUAUAAAGUCAUCAAUGAGGUAAAUAUUGAAGAAGACGAUGGUAAUGGAAGCACUGAAUCAAAUGGAGUGAUCGGCGGAGAGAAAGUAAUGUAUAAAUUGACUUUACAAAGCAGGUCCGGACAAAUAUUUUAUGCAAUAAAUCUCAAGCCUAUAUCAUGGCCUUUAGCUGUCUUGGGAUCAAAAAUCGUAAUAAAAAAAGGUACAAAAUUUAGUAGAGGCAUGUUUUUGCUGGCCGAGGACAAUGCUAUAUUUGUAGGUGGAAUGGUAAAGAAAUGGAAUGAAGAUAAAGACUUGAAAAUAUUAGAAUAUCUAGAGACUAAAGCAAAUAAGGAAAACGAACGCUUGCAGGCCUUGAAGGACUCUAGGAAGAGGAAGAGGUAG